AUGUACAGCUUGCGUAGCCCUGCACAGCCCUGCACACUCUGCCCAUCCACGACCACCGCCGUCGCGUUCGCCACGGCGACCAUCCCGUUCGUACCCACCGGCGUCUGCAUGAUGAUCGACACGAUCCCGCUGUUGUGUGCCAUCAUCUACUGCACGCCGAACGCGCCUCUCCCGGCCGCUGCACCCCCACCUGCUCCUGCUGCACCUGCACCUGCACUCGCACUAGCGCCCGUCUCUACGACGCCACAGACGCGGGCCUCGCUCGCCACGUUCAACUCGAAGAAGUGGGGCCCGGGCCGCCCGGUCGUCGCACAGGAAUCGCGCGCCAUGAGCGAAGCCGUGUCCGCAACCUCGAGCAGCCUCGUGCCCUCAAGCGGCACGUAG